AGCCGCUGGCACCAAUGACUCGCAGCCGGCAUCGAUGUGUUUGGUGACGCUUUGUGAUCGAGAACAUUUCACUGGAAGUCAAAUGGUUUUUUUUCUCUUUGCUGUUAUGAAGAUGGAAAUAAUAUCAGGAGGAUAAUAUCACCACAGGGGCACAGCGUGUUCACCAAGGCUUCACACUUGGCUUCCACAGCCUCUCACAACAACAUGGCAGAACACUGCAGCAGAAGUCCCGACUCAACCAGACUGCGACUGUCCACAAAUACACCUGUUGAUCAACUUGCGGUUGUUGAAAAUGGAGACAGCAGAGUUCACUCCCUCUGCGAUGACAAUUCAGAGAGGACGCCAUCGUUAUCAUCGUCCUACAGAGACUCACACACAGCUACUCAGGCAGUGGCCAGGUUCUCCUACUUCUACAUGCUGCGGAAAUGGUUGUCUCACCGAGUUAACCCUCAGACGGAGAGGCGAGACUCGUUCCUGGAUCGCUUCAGAGGCCCCGAGCUCAAAGACAUGGCCGGGCGAGAGAGCAACGCCCAGUCUGUGGGUCACAGCGACACACUCCGCAAAACAAACCUUCCCAGUAAGUGGCCACUGGCUACUUACAACAUGAAUAACUGCAACAACACAGACGACAAAAAAGAGGACAAAAAAGACGAGAUUAAAAAAGACGAGAAAAAGGAUGAGGAGAAGAAAGACGAGAAGAAAGACGGGGACAAGAAGGAGGAGAAGAAGGACGAGAAAACAGACGAGAAGAAGGACGAGAAGAAGGAUGAGAAGAAGGACGAGAAGAAGGAUGAGAAGAAGGAUGAUAAGAAAGAUGAUAAAAAGAAAGAGGCGCCCCCGAAAGAAAUCUGGAUUAUGGAUCCAGCUACAGAUGUAUACUACAAAUGGCUGACUGUCAUCGCAGGCCCAGUAUUUUAUAAUCUAAUGAUGAUCGUAACAAGAGCCUGUUUUAACGAACUCCAGAACACUUAUACAAAACUCUGGCUCUUCUUGGAUUACACCGCAGACGUCAUCUACUACAUGGACACGUUUGUCAGAUCGAGAACAGGUUACUUGGAACAAGGCUUGCUGGUGAAAGACAGCAAGAAACUGAGGGAUAAAUACAGAACAACGCCUCAGUUCAAGUACGAUAUGAUUUCAAUGAUACCGACCGAUCUGCUGUUCCUGAGAUUCGGAUACAACAACCCAGAGUUUAGAUUCAACCGUCUUUGCAAAAUUUCGAGGCUUUUUGAGUUCUUCGAACGGACUGAGACCAGAACCAGCUUCCCGAACAUAUUUCGAAUCAGCAACCUUGUGCUUUAUAUCCUUAUUAUUAUCCACUGGAACGCUUGCAUGUUCUUUGCACUUUCAAAAACCAUCGGUUUUGGAUCUGACACUUGGGUGUAUCCCAAUAUCAGUCACCCGGAGCACGGCCGCUUGGCCAGGAAGUAUAUCUACUCCCUGUACUGGUCCACACUGACCCUCACCACCAUUGGAGAGACCCCUCCACCAGUCAAGGACAUUGAAUUCCUCUUUGUCAUCGCCGACUUCCUCACUGGUGUCCUGAUCUUUGCCAGUAUCGUCGGUAACGUCGGUGCUAUGAUCUCCAACAUGAACGCUUCUCGUGCCGAGUUCCAGGCAAAGAUUGACUCCAUAAAGCAGUACAUGCAGUUUCGAAAGGUCACCAAAGAGCUGGAGGCCAGGGUCAUCAAGUGGUUUGACUACCUUUGGACAGAGAAGAAGACCUGCGAUGAGAAGGAAGUGCUGAAGCACCUCCCCGACAAGCUCAAGGCUGAGAUCGCCAUCAACGUCCAUUUGGAUACGUUGAAAAAAGUGCGAAUUUUCCAGGACUGUGAAGCCGGUCUCCUGAUUGAACUGGUGCUCAAGCUGCAGCCACAGGUGUUCAGUCCUGGAGAUUACAUCUGUAAGAAGGGGGAUAUUGGCAGGGAGAUGUACAUCAUCAAGGAGGGGAAGCUAGCUGUGGUGGCCGAUGACGGAAUCACGCAGUUUGUAGUGCUCAGUGACGGCGCAUACUUUGGGGAAAUUAGUAUCCUAGGAAUCAAGGGAAGUAAGGCAGGCAACAGGAGAACUGCCAACAUCAGGAGCGUGGGCUACUCUGAUCUCUUUGCCUUGUCCAAAGACGAUUUGAUGGAAGCUCUCACUGAGUAUCCAGACGCCAAGAAGGCUUUGGAGGAGAAGGGGAAAGCCAUCCUGAUGAAAGACAAUCUGAUCGACGAGUCAGUCGCAAAUGCCGGUGCUGACCCCAAAGACCUGGAAGAAAAGAUCGUCCAACUGCAGAGCAACCUGGACACCAUGCAGACCAAGUUUGCCCAGUUGAUGGCGCAGUUCACCUCCAGCCAGACGAGGAUGAAGCAGAGAAUCACCACCAUGGAGUCCAGAGUGAAAUCUAUACAGCCGGAGGACCUUUCUGAAGUGGUGGCCGACAAAGACAAAAAAGUCCAAUAAAGUGACAGAAAAUGAAAGGGAUUUUUAACUCAGGAGUUUUUUUUUUUUUUAAAUCUUGUGUUUCUAUCCAUUUACACAUCAUAAUGUGUCAAUGCUGCGACUGUCGGCCGUUCCAUGUUGUUAUGCUUCACCAUUUUGCUCAGAAGCAGCUUUUUCUUUUCUUUUUUAAAGAAAUAGCCUUAGAAAUAAUAAAUGAGGAUUGUUUCCUGUUCCUGAUCAGUACGCACGUUUUUAUUUCUAAAGUGUGAAUGGAAAAACUCAACAUUACAACUUCAAUAUCAGUUUGAUCUUCUGAACGAUACCGUAUGAAUGUAAUAAAUAAAAAAAGAAAUGAAUGAAUGCCAGUUGUGUUAGCAGCAUAUGCUAUCAGUUGUAAAUUUUAAUGUCGUUUAUGUGAGUUAACAUUAAAAAAAUGUCCAUAUAAGAAAUAUCACGUCUUAAUGUUCAUACUGUCAUUUUUACAAGUGAAAUAAAAUGUUGCUAC